CGUGAACGAUGCCUCUGGGAAUACUAUUUUCGCUGUUAAUUUUAAUAGCGUCGGGCAGCCAAGUUGCAAGUCAAGUGUGUUCUCUAUACACGAUAUGUAACGACAUAAAAUCGAUUGAUUCACAAGUGUAUUCUAUUCGUCUGGAGCAAGAUCGACAAGCAAAUCUUUUGGAAGACUUGAACAACAAAAUUGAACCUUUUCUAAACAGAGUUGAUCAUUGGCCCUCCAAUUGCUAUGAAGCUUUGAGGGGCUCACAAAACGGUUCAAUUCGUACGAUACUUGUGCCGGAGUACAGUGAUAACCCCUUUGAAGUGGCCUGCGAUCAGUUCAGAAUGGGAGGAGGUUGGACCAUUAUUUUGCGCCGAACGGAUGGAAGUGAGAACUUUUUCCGCGAAUGGAAUGAUUACAAGCAUGGAUUUGGCAGUCUGAGCAAUGAGUACUUCCUGGGCUUGGACAUACUGCACGCCAUGACCAAUUAUCAGCAGCAGGAACUCCUAGUUAUUAUGGAAACUCCGGAGGGACAGCAGGCCUAUGAGAUGUAUGACAACUUUAGAAUUGGAUCAGAGAGCAGUGAUUAUACCUUGGAAACCUUGGGCACUCCUUCUGGAGACGCCGGCGAUUCGCUUGCCAUCCACUUGGGCAUGAAGUUUUCCACUAAAGAUCGCAAAAACGACAUAGAUCCCAUCAGGAAUUGUGCGCAAUUAUUUACAGGCGCUUGGUGGUACAGAGCAUGCAUGCACAGCAAUCUAGCCGGAAAAUAUGGCGAUAAUACGGUUGGAAAAGGAGUGAACUGGAAACUAUUUUCUGGAUAUGAAAGCUCUCUGAGGCGUGCAACAAUGAUGAUCCGUCCAAAAACUAAUUAAAUUAAAUGUUAACUUAACUUGUAUCAAUUAAAUCGAAUGUUGUGAACUAGUAUAUAAAUAUAACAGUUCGUUGAAAAGCAGACA